AUGUCCAACGUAUACCCUCGACAGAUCCGCAUUUCCCGCUACGCCCUCGCUUCGUUUCGGCAUCUACACAUUCCUAGCAAGGAGAGGGAGAAGAAGGGGGACGGGGUAGGAUCUGCACGUGCGUGUGCAGCUGUGCGCGACUGCGCACGUGGGGCAGCAGCGCGCAGGGCAGAGGCGCGCGGGGCAGCAACGCGCAGGGCAGCGUGGCAGAGGCGCACGGAGUGCCGGGCAGGAGGCGCACGAGGCGCCGGGCAGGAGGCGCACGAGGCGCCGGGCAGGAGGCGCACGAGGCGCCGGGCAGGAGGCGCACGAGGCACCGGGCAGGAGGCGCACGAGGCGCCGGGCAGGAGGCGCAUGAGGCGCCGGGCAGGAGGCGCACGAGGCGCCGAGCAGAGGCGGACAGCAAGCGGCCGCCCUUGGCGGGGCGCGGCAGAAAUGCGGAUGGGGAGCGGGCUGGAGUGGGCGGGGAUGCUGGCGGCCGGCCCUGAUCUGGCGUUGGGCGCUGGCGUCCGUGCUGGCGCAGGGCGCUGUCGUCCGCACUGGCGCAGGGCGCGGGCGUCCGCGCUGGCGGUCGGCACUGGCGUCCGCGCUGGCGCUGGCGCGGGCGUCCGUGCUGACGCAGGGCGCUGGCGUCCGCACUGGCGCUCGGCGCUCGCGUCCGCGCUGUCGCUCGGCGCUGGCGAGCUCGCCACGGGCAGAGCGCGACGGGCGGGCGUAGGGACGGGCACGGGUAGAAUCUAA